CGCUGAUAAUUUGGAAGGAAGCAAGAUAUGUUUCUGUUUGAAGUUUUCUUACUAUGAAGAGAUUCCAUUCACUUUACGUAUACUUCACUCAAACAAAACGAAUCUUAGGAACAUUUAAAUCAACAGAAAGAACGCUGUCAACAGCUUUUAUAACUAACAGCAGCAAGAAAAAUAGAACUAUUCUUGGCUUUCCACUUUUGGUUUCGGUUGGCAUGGAAAGAAAUAAAGAAACUCCGCAAAAUGAGCCUAUAACUCGACAAAAGUAUAGUACCAAAAUAAAAGAACAAAAGGAUAAAUAUCUGCAUAUGCCAUUAGAAGAAAAGAGGGAAAUUUACAAAUGUAGAAAUAAAUACAACACCCUGGAAGAUGUACUGACAUGGGAGGAAUAUUAUAGUGAAAACAAAUUUAAAUUAUUAAAGAAAAUUGCGAAGAAGAGUAAUGUAGGAAAGAGUCAUGGUGAGAGAAGAGAGGUGAGGCCAGAUCUAAACAAGAAGGUGUCCCUAUGGAGAGGUGAUAUUACCACACUGGAGAUAGAUGCUAUUGUCAAUGCUGCUAAUGAAUCUAUGUUAGGAGGUGGAGGAGUGGAUGGAGCUAUACAUAGGGCAGCAGGGAAAAAACUUGUGGAAGAAUGUGCUACACAUAAAGGUUGUAGAACUGGCCAUGCAAAGAUCACUGGAGGUUACAAAUUACCAGCUAAAUAUGUUAUACACACAGUUGGUCCAAUAGGAGAACAGCAGGAGAUGUUAAAAAGUGCCUACUCUUGGUGUCUGAAACUAGUUAACGAAAAUGAAUUGGUUUCUGUGGCUUUUCCUUGCAUAUCAACUGGUAUUUAUGGCUAUUCCAGUGAAAAAGCUGCUCCUGUGGCAAUUGAAACUGUAAGAAAAUUCCUGGAGGAUAAAGAAUCAGGAGAAAAGAUAGAAAGAGUAAUCUUUUGUUUGUUUUUACAAAAAGAUGUGGAUAUUUAUGAAGAACUUAUGCAACAUUACUUUCCUAUAGAAUCAGAUGAUAGUGAUAGAUCUAACAUGGUAUCAGAAAAAGACGACAAAGUCUCAACUUUAGGUCAAAAUACAGGGGAAAAUGAAGAUGUUAUAAAAACUAAAAAACUGAAAAAGGACAAUGAAAUGAAAAUCAUGAAUGAAAAAGUUGUGGAUGUGGCCGACUUAGAAAAUAAGCCUCCAGAGGAUAAAAUAGAAAAUGUUUCUCAUGAAAAUAAAACUGUGAUUGAAAAUAAAAUGGAGAUUCAGUCAGAAAAUAAAGCUUCUAAAGAUCAGAAAAUGGAAGAUUCUAUUCAAAACAAAUCUCUGAAUGAGAAAGAAAUGGAAGAUUCUAUUCAAAACAAAUCUCUGAAUGAGAAAGAAAUGGAAGUUGACUCCCUGAAUAAAUCUGCAGACGACACAAAGACCGAAGACAUUUUGGACAAUAAAUCUCCAGCGGAAAAGAAAAUGGAAAUCAGUGAUGGGGAGGGUUCUGAAAAGGAAAUGGAAACUAACACAACUAAGACACUUCUUUCUGUAACUAAAGAAGAUGAAGAAUCUUCAUCUAAAACAAAAGAAGAAAAUAAAUCUCCUUCUAAAACAAAAGGAGAAAAAGAAUCUUCUUCUAAACCAAAACCUUCAGGGACUGUUACAAAACCAAUAACUAGAAAGGAUGUAGAAAUGCAAGAAACCACAACCACAUAUCUUUAAAAAGUACUUUUAGUUGACAUAUUUAGUUUUUUUCUGAAUGUUUGAUACUAAAUAUCCAGAAACAAUUAUUGAUUUGUUAAUAUAAUUCCAGACAGGCUUAAAGCUUAUUACUUUUGAUAAAAGCUUUGUAUAAAUA